AUGCUGCUGCUGGCGGCUGUCAGCAGAGAGACAGCAGAGGCACACUGCAAGGCACAGCAACCUGGAGAAACCAAUGGGAUCAGAGGAAAUAGGAGAGCGUUGCCAACAGUUCCCAAAAGAGUUGCAGUGCCAAUAACCAUAGCUGCCCUGGCUCCAGAAAGAACCUUAAAAAUGGAGGCCCCGAGCAUCCUGAAAAAGAGAAGAGGUUGGCUGGAUUAUGGACAUGCGAAAAGGCUGCGGGUGGAUGGUGGUGUAUUCGUUGAUGCACAAAUGCAAUCAGAGGUGUCACAAGAAGUCUGCAGGAGAAUUCUGCUCGUCGUCCUUAUGGGCUGGAUGCCAAACCCUGGUUGUGGCUCCCGGGCUCUCCGCGUGUGUCGGGACAGGGGGUGCUGCCGCCUGGCUAGCGCGGCUGUUGAGACCGUGUCUGUGUGUCCUCAACUGGCACCUAAGGGAGAUGCAGGAAUCAAAGUGCAAUACGAGAAGCAGUUCCCUUCCAACUCAAUAACUACCCUUAUCAAUCAUAAGGAUAAACCAAAGCGUUCAGACAAGACUCUGCAAGCAAUCCAGAGAGUGGGCCAAGCAGUUAACUUGGCAGUUGCAAGAUUUGUAACUGUAGGCGAAGCCAUAGCUGAUGAAAAUCAUGAAUUGAAAGAGGAAAUGGAUGUUGCUUGCAUCGAGGCCAAGAGAGCAGGNNNNACAAUUGCUCAGCUUACGGAUGUAGCAAGCUUGUAUCAUCCAGAAUCUGAUAGCCACACAACAAUUUUUACAGACAAAACAGGCAUUGUAAAAGCUGCAAGGUUGCUUCUCUCUUCUGUGACAAAGGUGCUUGUGUUAGCAGACCGAAUAGUUAUUAAGCAGAUUAUAACUUCCAGAAACAAGGUUAUUGCAACAAUGGAACAACUAGAGAAAGUCAGUACUUUCCAGGAGUUUGUGCAAAUAUUCAGCCAGUUUGGAAAUGAAAUGGUGGAGUUUGCACAUUUAACUGGGGAUCGACAAAAUGAUUUGAAGGAUGAGAAGAAAAAGGCUAGAAUGGCAGCAUCUAGGGCUGUUCUUGAGAAGUGCACCAUGAUGCUCUUGACUGCUUCAAAGACUUGUCUGAGGCAUCCAGACUGUGAAUCCGCUCGUAUAAACAAAGAUGGGGUAUUUCACCAGAUGAGACUAGCUUUGGAGCAGGUAAUAGAAAUUGUAACUGACUCUAGAUCAAAUGGAGAAAAUGAACUAGCUUCCAUCAGUAUAUAUUCUGGCAUCAAAGUAUUCAAGAAUAAAGUGGAGGGUCUUCGUGCGAAUCUUUAUUUUCUGUCAAAAGAAAACCUUUCAACAAUGCUGGAAGUUAUCCUGGAACAUACAGAAGACUUUACAGAUUCUGCCUAUACCAGUCAUGAGCACAGAGAACACAUUUUGGAGCUCUCUAAACAGGCUAAAAUGGAACUAGAGCAGCUGUUUUCCGUGUGGAUGCAAGCUCAAAACCAAAAGACAAAGGAUCUCAUGGAAGACUUGGAAGUAGCCAUUUUAAAAAUGUGCCAGUGCAUGAAUGAACUUAAAAGACAGCUCCACAAUGCAGCGACAUCUUUGGCAGCAGAUCUCCUAAAAUACCAUACAGAUCAUAUGGUUCUGAAAGCCUUAAAAAUAACAGGAGUAGAAGGAAAUCUGGAAGCUAUAGCAGAAUAUACUUGUAAGCUAUCAGAGCAGAAAGAACAACUUGUUGAGAUGUGUCGUUUGCUGAGGCAUGUUUCUGGAACAGAGCCCCUUGAGAUUACUUGCAUACAUGCAGAAGACACCUUUCAGGUCACUGGCCCACAGAUUAUUUCUGCUGCAGAAACAUUGGCAUUGCAUCCCUCCAGUAAGAUUGCAAAAGAAAAUCUUGAGGUGUUCUGUGAGGCUUGGGAGUCUCAGCUGAGUGACAUGUCCACAUUGUUAAGAGAAAUCAAUGAUGUGUUUGAAGGAAGAAGAGGAGAGAAGCGUGUCUACCUAUCACUGCCCAGACCAGGGAAGCAUAACACAAAUCUGAAAGCAUUAAAGCCAGUCAAAUUAGAUACUGAGGAACAGGCAAAAAUCGCAAAACUUGGAUUAGAACUGCAUCUGCUGACAUGUGAAGUAGAUUCUGAGACAGAGAAAUGGGAGGAUCAGGACAACAGAUUUGUGCAACAUGUACAAGGCAUGUCCAGCAUGGCCUACUCCAUGUACUUAUUUACCAGAGGAGAAGGACUGCUGAAAACUACCCAGGACUUAUUUCAUCAAGCAGAGAUUUUUGCUGCAGAGGGCACAAAACUUGCUUCAGCUUUCCAUGGCUUUUCUGAUCAGCUACAUGACGAUGGGAAACCACUGCUUCUGCUGGAGCAUGAGAAACUGAUCCCUAUGUGCCAGCAGCUUCAGAUUACAGCAAAAACUUCUGUUCAGGGUAAAAGUGCUACGUUUACAAAGGUUGAUGCGUGCAUUCAGAGAACAAGGAAUGUGAUGACGCUAUUAUGCCAACUUCUUCCACUUUGCUGCAGAUUACUGAGAAAGAACAGAGUGGGAAACAGCUGUCUUAAACCUGCUCCACCAUGGAAAGAGAACAGAGCACAAACUGGUACAAAUGCAAAGUGCCCAGAAAGGACAGAUGAGAUGCUUGGCCUCAAGCCUUUAGAAAAUCAUGUAACAAAUAUGACAUUUUUAGAGCAAGGAAUUACAGCACUAAAAAUGUAGGGACUCCAUUUGAAAGUAACACUUUUUGAAGUUUUGAUAUUGCUUUCAUUUGUAGAAAGUCCAAACAGUUUAAUCUGAAUUAAAAUGAUUGACUUUU